AUGGCCUGGCCUCAUUAAUUCCUCCACCCGUCUUUCAGUUUUUUUCACACCGCACCACCCACCACUUUGAUUUCCAUCCAUCUUUCUCGUCUCAUUUUUCUCAUUUUGUUUCGGUUGGAUGAAGUGAGUUUUUCUGCUCUCUCUCUCUUUUUUUUAUCUUUCAAUCAUCUCCUCUGAAGGUUUCUAUCUCAAGCUUUGUUACAAGAGUAAAGAGAGGUCCUGACUUUAGAUCUGCGCCUCUCUCUGCCGCUCUUCGGCUGGUGAAAUUUCUUAAACGGUUCAAUUCACAUAUCUUUGAAGGCAAGGGAAAUUGGAUUCAUUCGUUGUUGUUUGGACGUAUUAGUAUCUGAACAAAGUUAAGUUCAGUUUGAUACACAAGGGCGCUGAAAGCAUGUCUUUCGAUCAUGGAUCCACAAGCGACACCGGCGUAGAUUCCCAAAUGUCUUGGAACAGCAUACAGGCUUCUGCUCCAAACUGGCUACCUGUGUACAGAAUGCCAUCUGGUCCACCAAAUGUCGAGCCUCUGCACCAUCCAGGGCACGCCGGGCUGCAAAAUCAGCCACACCUUAAUGAAAACGAGAAGGAACAUGUGUUGAGUGUUAAUGAAAAUCGGCUCGAGCCCUCUAAUAUGCAUUCAUUGGAUAAUGUCGAAGUAUCAGAUGAUGGAAAUCAGCCCACAAACAUGCCGCCACUUCUUCAGAUUCCUGGGCCUGACUCUCUUCCUCCGGAUCUGAAUUUGCUUUCAGAGUUUGGAAAUAAUGACUGCCAAGAUGUUCAUCGUUCGAAUACACACCUUUCUAUUGGAUCAUCAAAAGGGAAGAUACCAUUUACCGGUAGUUCGUCUGAAUCUUUGGGGAUUUCUCCUGAUGGGCCGGGCUGUUCUGUGGACCAUCAACGCACAUCGUGCAAGAGAAAAGCUAUUGAAAUGCAUCCUGGACAAUCUUCUGGAUCAGGAAGUUCAAUUCCGUUCCAGUAUUUUGAAAGAAAUCAACGCCAUGCUAUUGGUGUGCCUAUUCCUGCAGAAAAUGAAAUACCAAACAAUAAUGCAUCAGAGCAGGCAAACCCAAGGCUUAGGCUCGGCGUCGAAAGAGUUAUAGCACCUUCUGGCAGCUCUAGCAGAAAUUCACGCUCAUGUUUUGGCAGUCUUCCCCCUCAAGAUUUGACAUUUAGAAAUUCUUCUCCAGCAGGAGCUGAUGAUGUUGGAAAUGUGAAGGUUUCUUCAUCUUCUGCUCCGUCCGGACUUGUUGACAUAAACAUACCUCCUCACGUGGGAACCAGAAAUUUUUUGAGCAUUCCAUCUAGGGUUCGAUAUCCUCAAUCUAGAUGGGGUGGGGGAUCCAGCUCAAGAACUGCUAAUUCAUCGACUUUGGUUGAUUCUCAAGAGAGGGAUGAUGUGAUUUUAGGCGAAUCUGAACCGAGAACUAUUCCCCCUAAUAUUUCAGAACAUGCCGUGUUUGCCAAUGAGACAGGAAGCACUACUCAACAACCAAAUUGGGUUUUUGCCAAUGGGAGCAACAUUGUUGCCGGAAAUGCUGCAUCUGCUUCCAGGCCUGAUGCAUCUGCUUUCGCUUUGGCUAAUUGGGUCCGUCCCCAAUACACUCGGAGAAUAUCAGAUGCAGUUCGGAGAUCUCUCAUAAGCUCUGCUGUUGCAGUGUCUGGAGGUCCGACAAUCUCUCCUGCUGCUCAAUCAAAUUCGCCUGCCGCCUCACAGGGGAUAGCGAAUUCAUCCGGAUCAGGUAACCAGGCUCCCCUGCCGGCACACUCAAGGUCGGCAUUGCUGGAAAGACAUCUUGAUGUUGAAUUUAGAAUGUCGCAUUUACUAAGGAACUUGGCUAGCGCUGGUGAAGGAAGAAGCAAUGCGAUGUCUGAGCAGAUCCGCCAUGUUUUGGAUCUAAUGAGAAGGGGAGAGGGUCUGCGAAUUGAGGAUGUGAUGAUGCUCGAUCACCCAGCACUCUUUGGAGUGGCCGAUAUCCAUGAUCGCCAUCGCGACAUGCGACUGGAUGUUGACAACAUGUCCUAUGAGGAACUACUGGCCCUUGAGGAACGCAUUGGGAAUGUAUGCACGGGUCUGAACGAAGAAACCAUUACGAGCUCUAUGAAGAGAAAGAAAUACACACAGAGAGACCAACCCGAAAACACCGAACCUUGCAGCAUAUGCAGAGAAGAAUACGUCGAUGGAGAAGACCUUGGAUCGCUGGAUUGCAAACAUGAUUUUCACGCAGAAUGCAUCAAACAAUGGCUGAUGCAGAAGAAUUUGUGCCCGAUUUGUAAAACGACUGGACUGACGCCAUGAACCUCUCAGGUUUCUUCGGCGAAACAUUCAUCACAUUUCCUGCUGCUAUCAGCAGGGAGAUCUUUAUAUUUUUUCUGUUUUUCUUUCCAAUGAGGACAAUUGUUGCAACAACAAAACUUUAUAAUCAUUUUUCAGCUGCAUUUUCAAUACUUUGGGCAAAAAUCGCCUUAGAUAAUCGAAAGUAGAACUCCAUUUUCAAGUC